AUAUUUUAUAAAUAGCAUUAUCUGUCAAACGGUAGAUAAUAUAAGAACCACACUCGUGUAUUGCUCUGUUCAGUUCUGCAUUGGAUCUGGUAUGUCUUCAACUCAAGUUGGACAAUUUAAAAAGCUGCCUUCAAGUUGGCGGAAAAAAAAUAUCAAAUUUUGAAUUUCUUUCGUGUGUGUUAACUUUUCACCUCAUGUUUCAUUAUUGACAGAACUAGUUAAAGUGAUUUGGAAUGGCAAGCUCCAAUAAACCGCUAGAAGCCCAGCUUUCGACCAGUGGUUUGCUUGCAAACGCGGUGCACCAGGCAGAAGACUCCGGGGAUGUGGGGCUGAAGCGGCACAAGGGACUCGGUCCCCUCGUCAGCAGCAGGGCCGAGUCGAGCGAGCCAGCCCCGGCGACCAAGGCGGAGCUGAUGCAGCUUGAGACGGGGCAGGCCCAGACGCUGUCCCGCUCAGUGGACCGGGAAAAGUGGGACUCCAAGCUGGACUUCAUGCUGUCUGUCGUUGGCUUCGCUGUGGAUCUUGGUAACGUCUGGCGAUUCCCCUACAUCUGUUACAAGAAUGGAGGAGGAGCUUUCUUAAUUCCCUACGCCAUCAUGGCGGUGUUUGGUGGUAUACCUCUGUUAUACCUGGAGCUUGCUCUGGGGCAGUACCAGCGGACUGGGUGUAUCACCGUGUGGAAUAGAAUCUGCCCUCUGCUGACAGGUAUCGGCUUUGCCAUCUGCGUGGUCAACAUGUUCGUCUCCUUCUACUACAACACAGUCAUCGCGUGGGCCGUCUACUACCUCUUCUCUUCCUUCACCAGCGUCUUGCCCUGGACGUCCUGCAACAACACGUGGAACACGGCCGACUGCCAGGACCCAUUCAAUAUGACGAUCAUCAACAACAACAGCAGGUCCCCGGCAUCCGAAUUUUACGAAUUCAAAGUCCUCGGACUGACAUCCGAGCGCAGCAUCGAGGACCUAGGCGGGGUCAAGUGGGACCUGUCUCUCUGCUUGUUGGCAGUGUACGUGGUCGUGUUCCUGAGCCUCUGGAGAGGCAUCAAGGCGUCGGGGAAAGUAGUCUGGGUGACGGCCACCUUACCGUACAUCUGCCUAACCGUGCUGUUGGUGCGCGGGGUGACGUUAGAGGGCGCCGUUGACGGCAUCAUCUUCUACCUGAAUCCCAAGUGGGAGCUGCUUUUGGUACCCGGGGUUUGGAUGGACGCUGCUGUGCAGGUGUUUUUCUCUCUUGGACCAGGAUUCGGCGUCAUGCUCGCUCUUUCCAGUUAUAACAAGUUCCACAAUAAUUGCUACAGGGAUGCACUAGUGAUCAGCGCCAUCAACUGCGCAACGAGUUUCGUGUCGGGCUUCGCCAUCUUCUCAGUGUUGGGUUACAUGGCGAUGAGGCAGAAAACUACUGUCGAAGAAGUCGCCACCGAAGGCUACGGGUUGGUGUUCGUCGCCUACGCUGAGGCCCUGGCCACCCUGCCCGCCUCCGCCGUACUGUCCGUGGUCUUCUUCCUCAUGAUUAUCACACUCGGACUCGACAGCACGUUCGGAGGUCUGGAAUCGAUCAUCACUGCCUGGAUGGACAAAUUCCCCCAGACUAUCGGCAAGAAGCGCGCCCUCUUUGUCGGAGUUCUGGUCUCCUGCUGCUUCCUCGGCAGUCUCUCCACAGUCGCAUACGGCGGGCAGUAUGUCAUCCAGCUCUACGAUGCAUAUGCCGUGUCAGUAACUAUCCUAGCCAUAGUCGCCCUGGAGGCAGUGGCUGUGGCUUGGUGCUACGGUGUGCGGGCUAUGGGCAGUGACAUCAAGGCGAUGAUCGGGCAUAAACCCGGUGCCUUCUGGGUGAUCUGCUGGCGCUUCUUGAGCCCGACUGCCAUAUGCUUCAUCGUGAUCUUCGCCCUAGUGCACUACGAGCCCAUCCCUGAUUACCCGGAGUGGGCCGAGUGCUUGGGGUGGAUUCUCACCGCCUCCUCAAUCAUGUGUGUUCCUGUCUAUGCAGUGUGUAAGCUGAUUGAAACACCUGGAUCAUUCAUGCAGCGACUGCGAGCAAGUUGUCGUCCACAAGAGAAGCCGCUUAACCCUAACUGCGAUACAAAAGGUCCGAUUGCCUACGUGUGAAACAUCCUACCGUCCCGGCUGCCUUCGUAUCCUACCUUCAGGUCGGCGUGGAUUCGGUUCGCCCCUCUGAUCGUAAUAUCGACUUCCCUGUAUUCUAAGAGCGCCCCUUGCUGCUUUAAUGUAUACGAGUGCGAGUAUAAUGUAUCUGAUUAUGCAGGGUUACUAAGAAAGUAAUUGAGAACAAUAGAAGACUAUCUGUAAGUAUCUCUUUUAAAAAGACAUUGUAUAUUAAAGGAUUUUGUCUUAUGUGAAAUGUAUAAUUAUGUACGUGUACAUCGCCCGCAAAGUUUAUUUAAUAAUCUUUAAGAUAAAUGCUCAUAUCUGAAGACCUGAUGCCGAUGACACUGCAUGCUGGUAACUUUUCUACUGAUAGAGGAAAUUAACUGUUUGAAAAUUUUGAAAAAUUUGAUAAACAGGUCCAUUAAUGCCUGUAAAGUUACCCUCAAGACACGUUAUCAACAAAAGUUACCUCAGCGGGAUACCUUUGAGUAGAUUUCUUUGUGCACCGACAUUUAAAAAAACCACACCUCGUAGAUGACAGCGAUGAAUGCAAAUGAUCUAUAGACCAUUAUCAUGUUGUGGCCAUCUUGAUUUUUUUUCCAAUUCAAAUCAAAGUAACCAAAGCGAGGCUGGAAGGAAAAAUAGUCUGGUUCCUUUUUGCACCAAAAACAUUAUCAUUCAGUAACUGUUAUUGGAUACAGGGAGCAUGACUGAAAUGGUGGCAGCAUGAUAAAUGUCUAUAGGUUUUUUUUAUGCCGGUCGUAUCCAAGUAACUCGGACGCAGCUCAUUUUCCCUUAUCUCUUCAUGGCUUUGGUUUUGACAACCGAACAUGUAGAACUAGGCCUUUGAUGUCAUAAUCUUACAACAAAGAGCACAGCCUACGCUUGAAAGAUUCACGGCGAAUUAACACCGGGAUGCCUGGCUGGAAGAUUGAAGGUUUCACCACUCGCGCUCUUAACGGAUUUCUGCGAAAGUAUAACAUCCGUCUUAUCCUUACUCUUUAAAACAGACAAAGGCAAUGGAACUCUUUUCCCUGACCAGUUGCGAUUUUCGUAUACCCAGCACGAUAUGUGACAGAGGGGUACCCCCAUGCAUGUCCCUACACACACCCUCGACUAUUGCUACCUAGCACCCCCCCCCCCGAGAUAUCUCCCCCCCCCCCUGUCACAUAUCUUGCUACAUUAUGUAUUUUCGAGAGACAUGAUAAGGUAAAAAACUUCUUAACGAUGGCCCAGACAGCAGUAUGUGGGCGCAGGAGAUUUGAAAGGCCAGGAAUGCGAACAAAACAUAAUUGGUCCUUUGGAAAAACGAAAUUUUCUCUGGAACCAACUUUCGUAUUGAAGGAGGUACGCACAGCAUAUUGUAUUCAAAACAGCCACGCGCUGCGUUUUCUGACUCACGAGCGAAUGAUCCAGAUUAGUGAUCGACACAAAGAACAAGUUUGCGUGGGAAGAUGUUAGCCAGAAUUGCGUAAUUAUUGGGAUUGUUUGUCACUUGAUGUUUGCUCAUCUUCUGAUGGUGAAUCGUGGGCCUUCGUGAUGCAUUCGUUUAGCAACCUACAGAAAAGGAUGUUCUUGCAAGGGGCUGCCUUGGCUUUAGUCUCAAAAGUGAGGAUUCCGGGCAGAGAUCAGAAAAAAAAGUUAAUCGGUCACAUAAUUUAAAAUAUCAGUUAAUAUAGAACCUUAAAUUUCUGACAAAGACAAAAGUGCAGAAAUACUUCGACCAGCUCGAGUAAUAUUUGCAGGCAUUAAACGUAUCAGACUCUUACGGCUUGUUUGUUUGUCCAGGUAAUUUAAGUACAUGUAUAUCCCAUUUUAAAUGUUAAAAAGUUUGUUUCCACUUCAUUUGAGUUUAUGUAUAUCCUCUUUUAAACGAUGGAAGAACCAUGAUGGAAUGUCUGUCGGUGUUGUAAAUAAUCCUCAGUCAGUAAGUCCAAGUAUUAUGUUUGGCUAAUGCUCUGUAAAUUUGUGAUGCAGAAAUAAAGGGUCGAUGACCUUAAAGGGCAUUGAAAUCUUAAUGAUUCGUCUCCGUAAGGGUCAUGGGAUAUCACUCCUGCAGUGUCUAGAAGUA